UUUUAUUCGCGCUUCUCAUUUUCUCGAAACUGUAGGUCGCUAGUCGGACUGUUGCGUUUGAUAUAGAAAAUUUUUCAUCGAUUUACAGCUUAGAUCGUUUCAAAAUCCAGCUAGAAUUUUCAUUAACUUCUAUAUUUAUUUUCCACUACAUUAUCAAACAUGUCAUCAAAAGUGCCUACGGUAAAGUUUAAUAACGGACAGGAGAUUCCGGUGCUGGGGCUUGGAACAUGGCUUUCAAAAGAGGGGGAAGGAAUUGAUGCAAUCAAAGCAGCCAUCGAUGCCGGCUAUCGUCAUAUCGACACUGCUUAUUUUUAUCAGAACGAAAAGGAAGUUGGGGAAGCAAUUCGUGCUAAGAUCGAAGAAGGCGUUGUUAAACGAGAGGAUAUGUUUGUAACGACCAAGCUAUGGAAUACUUUCCAUCAUCCUGAUAACGUUGAGCAGGCGUUCCAGAAGUCGUUGGAAAAUUUGAAUGUCGAGUAUAUUGAUCUGUACUUGAUGCAUUUGCCUAUUGGAUACAAGUUUGUCGAUUGGGACUCGGAAAACUUAAUGCCGUAUGAUGCUGAUGGAAAGUUGCAGUUUUCCGAUGUGGAUUAUAUUGAUACAUGGAAGGCGAUGGAGAAACUUUUGAAGUCCGGCAAAGUCAAGAGCCUUGGUGUGUCAAAUUUCAAUAGCGAACAAAUCACACGUUUGCUGGCCGAAUGUGAGAUUAAGCCAGUAACAAAUCAGGUUGAGUGUAACCCAAGUCUAAAUCAGAGAAAACUCACAGCGUUCUGUAAAGAUUUGGAUAUCACAAUCACUGCAUACAGCCCUCUCGGACGUCCGAAUUACUACGAAAAGGAUCCGGAUAAUAUGCCAAAACCGGCGUUGGACGACCCGAAAGUAGUAGAGAUUGGCAAGAAGUAUAAUAAAACUUCCGGUCAGGUCAUUUUGAGAUACUUGGUUGAUAUUGGCGUCAUUCCGAUUCCAAAGUCAUCUAACCCGGAACGUAUUAAGCAGAACAUCGAUAUUUUUGAUUUUAAAUUGACAGACGAGGAGAUUGAAAUAAUGGAUGGAUUUAACACCGGUCAGCGUACGGUUCCGUUCAACCUGUGCACUGACCAUAAGUACUUCCCCUUUAAAAUCGAUUUCUGAACUGUAACUGAUAUAUAAUAAAAUAAAGCUCUGAUUCAAGUUUGAUGACUAUUUAAAA